UUCUUUUUCUCCUUCUUGCCUCUUACUGACUCCCAACCGCAGCAACACCCGCAUGAGGCUCCCGUGAGCCAGUUCGACCCCCUCCUCGAACUCCCUCCAGUUCCCUCCCCCGAACCUCCUCCCGAGUCCAACCAGGUCCCCCCCCCCAAAUGGCCGUUCAGCCUCCCCCGCCCGUCCUCGACAUUGACGAAGUGCUCCCCGGCACGCGUUGCGUCUUCAUCGACGAGUCCGCCAGCAGUACCUCUGCCAAUGGCCUCCUCCAGAAGCAUGAUGGCAUCGUCCUCGUCCCCCAGCCCACCCAGUCGCCCAACGACCCCCUCAACUGGAGCCUACCGCGCAAGAUAUGGCACACCGCCCUCGUCUGCUUCGCUGUCGCCUUGACAGCUGCCACGUCCAACGUCGCCGGCUCCGCCAGCACGGGUGUGAAUGAAGAGUACGGCAUCAGCUACGACGUCUUCAACACCGGCGCCGGCGUCCUCUUCCUCGCCAUUGGCUACUGGACGCUGCUGAGCUCCCCCGCCGUGCAUCUGUACGGCCGCCGGAUCUUGUACCUCGUGGGCGCAACCUGGGGCCUGAUUGGCAACAUAUGGUUUGGCCGCCUCAAGACUGCCGAGGACGCUAUCUGGACGCAGCUCUUUGUGGGGGCCUCCGAGUCCGUUGCCGAGGCCGUGGUGCAGCUCUCCCUGCUGGACAUCUGGUUCGAGCACCAGAACGGCACGUCGAUGGGCCUGUACACGCUGGCUACCUCAGUGGGAACGUAUCUUGGUCCGUUGAUUGGCGGUUACGUCGCUGACAGUAGCCUUGGGUGGCGCUGGAUUGGAUAUCUGGGCGCCAUCAUGUCUGGCUUCAACUUUGUGCUCUUUUAUUUUGGCCUGGAGGAGACGGCGUUUCCGCGUGAGAGGUACCAGCGGGCGGUGGAGAACCGAACGCCUUUUGCGCCGACGAGCAAUGAUAAGACGACUGGCGGCGAUGAAAAGACGAGCGGCGACGAAAAGGUCACGCCUGGCGCGUCAGACGAAGAGGCCCGUGAGACGGACCAGUUCUCUCUCAACUACACGCGCCCCAAGUCCUACUGGCAGCGCAUUGCCCUCAUUACGCCCGCCCCCAACCUGCGCGGACUCGGCGCCAGGCAGUACGUCGGUCGACUGUGGCACACGCUGCGCAUCUUCACCUUCCCCGCCGUCUGGUUCGCCGGCCUGCAGUGGGGGAUGCAGAAUAUUGCCCUGUCUUUUUACCUCACCAUCGAGGAGGACUACUGGACGGAUGACCCCUGGGACUAUGGCGACGUCGCUGUGAGCAACAUGAACAUCCCCUGUCUCAUCGGUAGCAUCCUCGGCUGUUUCUACGGAGGCUACCUCAGCGACUUGUUUGUUCUUUGGGCCAGCCGGCGUAACCGGGGCAUCCAGGAGGCCGAGUUCCGCCUCUACCUCAUGUUCCUGUGUGUCCUCAUCUUCCCAACGGGCAUGUGGCUGUUCGGCAUCGGAUCGGCCAAGGGGUGGGACUGGCCCGUCCCGUACGUCGGCCUCGGCUUCAUCGGCUUUGGCUACGGCUGCGCAGGCGACCUGAGCCUGACCUACCUGGCCGACUGCUACCCGGAUAUGGUCCUCGAGGGCAUGGUGGGCGUUGCCGUCAUUAACAACACGCUGGCCAUGAUCUUUACCUUUGUAGCGAGCUAUUGGUUGGACACGGGCGUCAUGGACACCUUUAUCGAGCUGGGGGUGCUGGGCUUCGUAAUCCUGAUGCUGUCUCUGCCGAUGAUUGUGUGGGGGAAGCAGGCGCGGCGGUGGACGAAGCAGCGGUAUCUGGCCUUUUUGGAGAUCCGCGACGGAAUGGGGCACUGAUAAGGAUCGCCAGCUCCGCAAGCAGGGGAGGCACCAGCAUCCAUAAGAGCGCGACCAGGCAGAGGAGCUCUGCGAAGGGGCAAAACUUGACGAGGCGGACAUAGUUUCGCAUGGAGAGACCAAGAGGAGGAGGAGAUACCCUGUACAUUUCUGGUGAGCCAAGGUUCACGACGGAGUACUAUCGGCGUGUUUUUUUUU